AUGAAAUCUUCAGACAAGGAUGGUAAACUUACAGAACACGAAACUCAGAUAUUGUAUGAAUUACGCGGAAUACUGCAUGCUGUAAAGUCAAUAAAUCUAACUCUUGCGAAAGCAGUUCAUACAACAUCACCAGGAGGACCACUUCACGAUGCACAGAGACAUGCGAGAUUGGGACUAGCGGGUUUCUCUGAUUUGAUUAGACAAGUUAGCGGAAGUGGAUUUGCAGAUGAUGGACAACAUUGUAAAAAAUGA